AUGUACCGCGAAUUCCCUUACGAUAUUCGUGGAAGGAUGACAAUGCUGGCCUGCACAACACUUACCGACGAGUACGAGCUUGAAUUAAGGAGUAGGGCGCAACUAUCAAUCAAUAUCGACGAUCUCUUGUUCUCGACUUAUCACCUCCUAGCUAUCAGGCCUGUUUUCACCUAUACCGAACGAAACGACAACCUGGACCUUUGCAUUAUCCAAGACAUUUUUGAGUACGCCUUUCUUGACAAUGCGUUCGCCAGCGAACACAUCAAAUGUCCUCGAUAUAUCUGGGAACUCAAUAAGGUACCAGACCCCUACCCAUUUCACAGCAAGUGUCAAAGAGAUCUCCGUUUUUAG